AUGUCUAUUCUUCAGGCGGGCAAGAAAAACUUCACCCUGAUAACAGCUUUACUUCUCUGUAGCCUCAGCUGGAUCUCUGUCUCAGCUUCUGAGUCUCACACUGUGGAGGUCCAGUCUGGUGGAGACGUCACUCUGAUGUGCUCCAACAUUUCCAGCUUUAUAAUUACAACAGAAUGGUUCAGAGUGAUCAACAGAAAGAAGCCCAGCUGUGUCUCCUCUAUGUACCCAUAUGAUAGCAAUGCUUCCUUCUGUGGUGGAUUUCAAAAUAGAUUUGAGUUGAGUUCCAACAUCUGUACUAUCUUUCUUAAAAUCAAGAGAGUGGAUUCAUCUGACUCUGGACUGUAUUUCUGUGGGUUUUACAUAGAAAGACAUACAGUCAUUGUCAAUGCAACAUAUCUAAAAGUUCAAGAUGGUCAUUCUACCAUUAACCUAGAGGAGUCUGAUGGAAUAACAAACGUCAUGAUUGUGAUCCUGGGUGUUUUCCUCAAUAUAAUGGUCAUUGUUCUGGCUGUUAAAAUCAAGAGACUCCAGACAGCUGUGAAUAAAGAACUGAAGCCAGAAAGAAACAAGGUAAACCCAGCAUUAACUUAUAUAAACUGUGAUCUGGGCUCAGAUGAACUGAACUAUGCAGCUCUAAAUUUCCAGGCGAAACCCAAAAGAAGCAGCAGGCCUGCAUCAGAGAGAGAGCUGGAGCCACAUGUUGUGUAUGCUGCCACCAGAUAG